CGUUAGAAAUUUUAUAUGUUAUUAGCAAAUCGAUAAAGGCACAAAAUUAUUCAAACGAUCGAACGUGUGUGAUCAACGUUCCCCGUCGUCUUCCAGCAUUUGCAUGCUCCGGGACCCGGUGCCGGUGGUGGUGCGGUGUCAUAUGUCGGUGUGGCGAUUCACUAGCAGCAGCAGCCGGUAGCCAGGAUUGGCACUGCUUUUGACAAAUUAAUGGUGCCGUCAACGUGCUAACGAAGGCAACGUUAGCUGGCCAGAAUUGGCGCCGGUAUCGAUUUGUGCGCAGCUCUCUGAAUGCGGAUGUGGCGCGCUUGUUGCGGAUGCGGGAUGCGCCAGAUUUGACGGGGAUUAUGGAGUAUGUGGCAUGCGGUAACACACACAGACACACACUCUAAUGGUUGCAGCGUAAGCGGCUUCCAGCUUCCAGUGUUAUAUUUGGCUGGUGUUGGGGUGUAGGCCUUUAUACUUUUAUUUCGUUAUUUCUGGCUCCGCUUUCUUCGUUCCGCAGCGCAAAAGCUGCCGCCUAAAGAUGCGCCGCCAUCGCGUAUAAGGACUGGCAAGCAGAUUCCGCCCCAAACAGAAGCUACCGGUAGACGCUAAGCUGGCAGAUAGUAUGAUAUAUGGAGACCCGGUGGAAUAACACGCCGGACACACGCUUCACACCUCUUGCCCGGGGCGUGUGGAUAUCCACGCCAUGGGUGGCAGCAUGCUCCGGGGAAUGGUAGCUGGAGGUAACGGCGAUGGGGGGAGCUUCGAGAAUCUUUUGGAAGUGGGUGAAGAUGUCACCUCGGCAGACAAUGUUGUGUGUUGCUUUUUUCUUUCGCACCAUCGCUCUCUCUCCUCUCCCCUUGCUCGCAUGGUUGGGAACAUUAAUAAGCCGUAAAAACUACAAUUCCAUCCACAGUUUUAUGAUGCAGUCAAUUUGAUCUCCGACGCCAUUUAAAUCUAUAAUGCCUAACGCUUUUGCAUAAACGUUGGCGCCAGCGAUCGAAUUUCUUUUGCGUGCCGAGUGUACCUGCCCCCUAGAGGAAUGUCUGAAGUCGUUCGUGUCCGCAAAUUCGUUUAACCCGGACGCGCCGUUCUCUCUCUCUCUCUCUCUGGCUCCCAUUGAUCCCACAUGGUAAACAUAAGUCAUAGAAAGCAUGGACAAUGGAAAAGGAGGAAUUAGACCCGGUCUCUUUGCAAGUUACGGCUGUUGUGCCUGUGUAGAGGAAGAAGCAACUCUUACUUCAACUUCACUUCAGAUUCUUCCAACAAGUCCCUUAAAUGAUUUUGAUUUUCCUCCUGUUCUAAAAUCCAACACACACACCCUAUAAGAAUGGUAGCAGAGACCGAUUGGACCGCUAUAAAACGGCGAUCUUUCGCGAGGGGUCUCUGAUCUUCUUAGGUUUCAUAACGCUCCAGGGCGUCCCAGAACACGUGCUUUGCUCGCACGACGUGCCUGUGACACACCUUCACCACUUCGGUGUUGUCACGAGCAGCGUGGUGUGUGGGAAACGGUUCUGAAUGGGGGGGGGGGGGGGGGGGGAAGCGAACGAAACGAUACACUAUAAUAUUAUCCUUCCCGUGUAGUAGGCAGAUAGGCGCAGACGAAGAAGCUGCGAAAAGCAAAACCCCCAACGGAUCAUUAUCAAUGCAAAUUGAACGGCAAAAGAGAGAUGUAUAACAGAACAACACACCCGUCGCCCAUUGCUUGGUGGUGGUGGUGGAGGUGGACGCGAAUAACCUCCGUUAAGCUGCGGCAUCUCCUUCUUGCAGACGAAUGCUACAACACAGCUCCCCCUUCACCCCGCGCGGUGUUCGACGAUCGAUGCACGAUCGCGCGACGGCCCCGAACGGGCUGCGAUGCGCGAACAGGCGAACGACGCGAGAACACCCGCGUCCACAUUUAAGCAUGCGCUAGUGUGGCCGGGAUUUUUAUUCGCGCUUCAGCUCGCCGCAGUGCACGUAGUGCGUACACGGGUUUCGCAACGGUUUAACCCCGCGGAAAGUUCCUGCUCGUGAGCAAAGGGUUUCUGCCUGUUUAUUACACUAUUAGUGGUGGUGCCUUCGCUUGGAUAUUGUAGCAACCAUUCAGUGGAUAUAUUCAGCAGUACAUAAGGGUGUACGACCGUUUGAUCGUUUUAAAUUUGCGACCAAGAAACGAUGGCUCGAUUUGCGCCACACCUAGUGCUAUCGGUCGUGCUGCUGGAGCUGUGCCGUGGUUCUUUCGCUGCGUCGCUCAGUGGUGGCUUACCGAACACGGCAGUGUCUCCGUGCCCUGCCAUCUUCCAGUACGCUAGCGACAGCAUUAAGCAGCAGAUUUACGGUAUCGUAGACACGCGUGAGCAACCGGUGGAUAAGGUGGGCACGUUGGAACUGCAUCUUUCCAUUGCGGGCGAACUUCACUCGAAAUACGUCGGUUCGAUUGAAGCAAUCGAAGACAGUGCGCAAAUUUUGCAACAGUUCGGCAAAGGCCGCGGCGUGACGUACCGCGUUAAUUUCCCCAUCCAAGAGCCACUGCCCAAGGUCACGAAGGUGAUCUUCAACGAUCGUGAGCUCUGCACGGGACCGGCCGAUCGUGGCUCGUUCGUUAGUGCGGUGACCCUACGGCACUUCCUGCGGUCGGACUCGUGCAAGGAUAAGUGCGACCGUACCAAGCUGGUGGUCCCGACGUCCCUGAACCUGAAGCUGACACCACCGGCUCCGGCACCGGCGACCGGGACAGCGAUCGCGCCCCUUCCAGUGACUGGACUGCCGAAAGUGGUGGUGCCAAAGGGUGAAGGUAGUUCCGUUUCUUCCUCCUCCACCCCGCAGCUGACCGGAGAUGCGCCGGCCGUCCAGCACGAGUACCAGCGCACGAUUGAGCGCAAGGAGGAAACGAACAACCCGCAGGACAACAGCACCUCGGUGAAGUACAUCCGGGAGGAGAUCACGUACCGCAAGCAGGUCAUCUCGCCCGGCGGUGCAACGGCGGCACUGCAGGCCGACGAACUGCGGCUACCAGCGUUUGUGAGCGAUAAACUGACGUAAUUUCCGUUCCACCUGCGUGCGGAACAGAUGGAGCAAGCAUCGGCGAUCGGUUGCCCUAUUCCGACCAGAUCCAUUUCUGGUUCACGGCUUAAUAUCGUUUCAAAUGUAAAGCUUGUUUUUCUUUUUUGUUUAGUUGGCCACAGAAUAAAGACACCGCGCGACGACACGCGGUACACAACACAAAA